UUAGUGGAUGGAUUGUCGUACUUGGGGCUUCCCUUGUCCUUCAACAUCACGACGCUGAUAUGGAUCGAGGUGCUGGUGAUCAGGUACACCGAGUUCCAGAGUAAUGCGGAGCUCGACGUGGAGAAGAGGCUGUACCUGGGCGGGGCAUACUUCAAUCCGUUGGGGCUGGCAGUGGACCUGGAGAACGAGGCAACGGUGAAGCUGGCAGAGAUCAAGCAUGGCCGCCUCGCCAUGGUGUCGUUCUUGGGCUUCGUGCAGGCAAUGGCCACUGGAAAGGGGUCGCUGAAUAACUGGGCCACGCAUCUCAGCGACCCACUUCACACAACCAUCAUCAACACCUCCUUCUCUGAACCUCAUUAGACUUUUCCUUUCUUAUUUUAGUGGAUGGUAAUUAAUUACUUGUACCUGAACAUCAUCAUUAAUUAAGCGAUCAGUCUUUGAACCAUGUUAAACUUGUAGCACUAGAGUUAUGGGAUGGCAUGGAUCUAGUGGGGCCAAUUUUAUUAUCUAAUAAAUUUAACUAUACAAUAAUUAUACUUGUAAAAUCUAUAAUUUGUGAGAAUUGUGUGCAAGAAUUAUAUUAGAACUAUGAUCCAAGAAAUUGAUAUCAUCCAUGUCGAUCAUGAUUUUGUAAAGAAGAGUUUAAGCUUAGUUAUGAUUAUCCAAAAUGAGAUAGAUGUAGAAUUUUCUUUGAUAAUGACGGGAAAAGUUUUUUUUUCUUUGUCUUGCUUGGUUGGAAAUUAAGUGCAGGUAGAGUCCACAAACAACAUACAACAGUUAUCAAGGGUAAGGUUGCAAUAUGGGUUGGAUUGUGAGUGUGAACGACGAGUUUGAAGCUGCAUGUAAAUAGGGUCACUAGAGAUAAAUGACGAGAAUUGUGAGGGCAAGGUUGAGGCCAUAGAGCCAGGGCGGUGAGAGAGCAAAGUUACUCAAAGAUGUAAAUUAAAUACAUUUGGUGUGGCGAAGAUGGCCGGAAAGAGUAAGGCCACUGUGGAGUAUCAUCUCUCCAAUGGUUCAAAUGAAGCAAUGGUGCAAUGUCUUACCAAGGUAGUGGAACAACUAGUCAAUACUGGGCCAAGCUCAACUUAAUUAAACCUCUGUUAGGGUUUUAGUGGGAGUUUCUUGGUGGUUUUUAAUUGGAAAUUCAUGAUUGCUGUGAAUUUUUAAUGAUUCAUGGGCCAUAUUUGGAGGUUGUGAAAGAGCAAAAGUUUUAGAGAAGAGAUGCUUUUUCUGGGAGAUUUCUUUUAUAUAUAGAGGAAUGCUAAAAAUGAGAUUUUAAAAUUUCUCUAUUAAAGCUAGAUAAGAGUCCAUGAAGGUUGGAAAUAUGAAAUAUCACUUGUAAAAAGUAUGAUAACUGAUUUAUUUGAUUUUUAUUUUUGUUUGUUUUAUCUCACAUUAUGUAUACUAAAAUUUCCUCUUUUAAUACAUAUAGGCUUACAUUCAACUAAUUGCUCUAGUUUUUUCUGUGAUUCUAUCAAUGAAUGAAGUUUCAUCACCUAGAAAAUUAUUCUGCAUUUUAGAGGCUCCACAGUUAGAUCUAUGAGAAUGUUGUUUGAGAGAGCGAGUUCUAAAUAACCACCAGUAUCAAUUUCAUCUAUAAUAUCAAAGCUGCUGAUCAUAUCACUUAUUAUGGAGCAUUCUAAAUCUAACUUCAUCACCUAUGAUCUUCUUUAACCUUUUUUUUCAGGUCAAUCUUUUUUCUUGUACGUGUUCAGCUAAUGAUUCUUUGUUGCUUCCUAUUCCUGAUCACAAGUUAAUCCAAUAGCUUCUUUGACUCGUCGGUCAAUCUGAUGCUCUAAAGCCCUUUAUAUCUAGAACUACAUAACCACACGUUGCAUUCACAUAUAGGUUUCAUAUAGGUUUUUGACAUCAUAGUCGGCCACCAAUAUUAAACUAAACCCAUUGAACUCCUCUCAAAAUUUCUGUGGACUGUUAAGUUUUAUAAAAGCAAGUGUCAUUUAUCAGUUUUGAUGCUCCUGCAAGUAAUCCUCCAAUGCGUGGUGUUCACAUAUCAACCAUUGCCACCUUUUAAAUCAAUGCCAGUAAAUGUCAGUCAAUAAAGCAAAAAACUUUAGAUUAUUCAGCAUAUGAAAAUCAAGGGACCUACUCUUAGUUUCAUGAAUUUGCCUUUUGUAUCUGACACACGUAUAUAUCACUAGCUUCAAUAUGAUUCUAACUUUAUCAAGGUUUACUGCACAUGUUCUUUUUGAUUGAAUUGUGCCUUCAACAAGAAGCUGGGAAUCCAGGAAUCAAAGUUGCAUUGCUAGGCUUUUAAUUUAAUUUUCAGUCAAACCUAAAGCUUA